AUGGCAAGCAGGUCUUCCGGCGUCGAUGUUUCGACUAGAUUUGUCUGGGUUUUGCAUAAUUUUGAAAAUCGUAGAGGAUGAGACUUCAUCUUUCAGGUUUUCUCACGUUUUUGUUUGGCUGAACUCUGCAGUGGAAUUACCACUGAACCUUUCUCUUUUUUCCAUCCUUCUCCUACUCCCAGUUGCGCUUCUCUUUCAUCUUCUCCGUCUCCGACUUCUUCAAUGGCGGGGAACUGAAGCCCCGACGAAACAAGCAGUCUCUCUUUCCUCUAACCGACUGUUUUUCUCUCCAUGUAUAUGUAUACAUAUCUGCCUAGCUAUGUUUCCUAUUCCUUGCUGAGGAAAUAUACCAUCAUUUUGCGUGGGAACGAAAGGAAGAUGAAAGGCUGUCUCCUUCCUAUUUUUGUUCCUCCUUUGCCAAUAGUUGAGUCGCACAAUUCAGGAGAUUUAAUGCUUACAAGGCUUUCUGUGUGCAGAAACCUUGAACAUCUUCCCAUCCCAACCCAUGCAUGUUGAGCCGUCUACAAAGGUAUGGGCAACCUCUUUGCAGUUAUUAAUUCUCCUUUCUUGUUUUUAAUUUGCUUGGAGCCCUACAGCUGCUCAACUGAAAAACUGUGUAUUUCCAGGGAGGCCUUGGCAUAGCUUCCCCAGCAACUUUUGUGUUCAAAAGACCUUCAGACCGGUCGCCGAAUUCAACAAGAAGUCAACUCCCACCUGCGCCAGAUCCAGGGAAGGACGUCAAAUCAGCAGAGAAGGCAAGUAGAACUCUCUCUCUCUCUCUCUCUCUCUCCAUCCCCCCUUUCUCCCUCUCUCUCCCUCUCUCCCACCCUCUCGGAAUUGGAUGUCUUUAAUUUCCCAGUUUGAUCUGACUCAUAUUGAUCUUCUCUGCUGUUGUUGAAGCAGCGUCAAGGAAGUAGAAAGGCCACAACAUCCAGUUCGGAGCAGGAAAGCCCCAAGACGUCGGACCCUAAGGUUUGUCGCCGUUUGAACGAUCCGAGUCCCCCGACUGUUGACCGCAUCCGUUUCUUCUUUUCUUCGACGAUGAGAUGACUAACAUCAGUAGCUCAGCUUAAUUUGACUGGCUAAUUUAUUGGCAGAUAUUAAGGAGGCUUGCUCAGAAUAGGGAAGCAGCAAGGAAAAGUAGGCUCCGGAAGAAGGUACGGUCAACCCUAAUCAGAAUAGAGCAAAUGGCGUCUCCUCUUUGCUUUUACCAUUCUUUGUGGGAUGCUGUUUCUUCUCGUUUCUCAUGCUAGACCAUUUAGUAGGAGACUACUCAAAAUGAAGACUUCUCCCCCAUUAUGUUUGCAUUCUACAGGCUUACGUCCAGCAGUUAGAGACUAGCAGGAUCAAGCUGACGCAGCUCGAGCAGGAGCUCCAGAGGGCAAGAUCUCAGGUGCAGCCGCUUAUCCGUUGGCUCGCUACUGAUCUUACCGAAUCAUAUUCCUUUCUCCUUCUUUCGUGAUCCAGUUUUUCACGCUAACAACAUUUUAAAACGCGCUUAGGGCGUGUUCAUGGGCGGCGGUCUUCUUGGAGACCAAGGGAUGCCGUCGGGCAUCGGCUGUAUCAGCUCAGGCAUAGCUCAGACCUUGUGGCUUCUUUGGUUCGCAGUUUUGUCAAAUUAUAUCUUAUGUUUAUCUUUUCCGUCCUCCUGUAGAUGCAGCGAUGUUCGACACGGAAUACGCGAGGUGGCUAGAGGAACACCACCGCCUGAUGUGGGAGCUGAGGGCGGCGGUGCAAGAGCAACUGCCGGAGAACGAGCUGAAGAUGUUCAUCGAUAGCUGCGUCGCCCACUACGACGAGAUGAUUAUCCUCAAGAGCAUCGUUGCCAAGUCGGACGUCUUCCACCUUGUGUCUGGCAUAUGGAAGUCUCCCGCCGAGCGGUGCUUCAUGUGGCUAGGUGGCUUCCGCCCAUCCGAGCUCAUCAAGGUUUUUCUUCUCUUCACAUUCACUAAAUAUGCUUAUCCUCCUUUCAUUACUCGUCCUAACUGCCCUUGUCCCUGAAAGCUCCACUCCACUUGUUUGAUGUUGGGUCCAUACUCCGAAUCACUUCCAAAGCCAUUGAGUUGUUCCUUCUGCUACACUCUCAACCUAAUCCCUUAGCCCAGUCAUCAAAAACCGGAAAAUAAAGCCAUGCAGAGAGAUAGUGAGACAAUCACAAUGAUCAUCAAGCCAUUUCCUUCUUAAAAAACUCAAAGCAUCUUAGGCAUAAGCAAACGGACUAGGUAUUGUGACGUUAGGAGGUACCCGAUCCGAAGAGUGAUCUUUAUUGAUUCUGGAUUGAUAAUGGUGAAGCUCCUCUCCCAGUGAGUGACCCACCGGUGAUCCAUAUCGGUGACAAAUCUCACUUGACGAAUCCUCUGCUAUCUUCUUAUUUGCGAUAUGAUACCUUGGACACAGAUCUGGCACCCUGAGGGAUAAUACAAGAGAGUACCAAACCCAUUACCAUAGUUGUCUUAUCAUGAGGGCCAAAUAAUCUACCAGCUUUGUCUCCAGAGCCGCCAGCAUUUGAGUUGUUGGGAUUUUGUUAGGCGUGAAAUGAAUCUUACCAUCUCUUCAAUUCAAGAUGGGUACAAAAUACGCGUACACAUAUUCGUAUAUAGGUGGAUAGAUAAUGCACAUGUGUGAAUGUAUGAAGGCAGGGGUAGGUGCAUGGUGUUAGGUGCCGAAGUUGAGGAUAGUAACUUUACGUCUGUACCUUCCACAGACGGAGGAGUUGGUUCCUCGUAGAAGAGAAGAAGAGGUCUAACAAGGUAUGCACACAUUAGGACGUGCAUACUUUUUAUGGCACCCGUUGAUGCCUAUGUUUCUCUGUCCACACCUUUCGUGGGUUCUCAAUGAUACAUAAUAAUGGAAAUUAAUUUCAUAGACAUAUUAUGCAAAUUUUGUACAAGAGAUUGUAAAUAUGGAUACAGAACUCAGGAAAACGGUAGUAAACGCCAGAAGUAAAGAUCAUGUAUUCAAUACGAUUAAAUACAGGUAUUCUUCUCUCAAGUCAUGAUGUUUUGGAUUGAAGCUUUCUGUCUCUACUCGAUGUGUGCCUCUGGGUUCCACCAAAUAGAGAAUUUGUGCUCAUUUCCCACCUUUUGAAAAUUGUGAAAAAGCCCCUUUUAUCUGUUCUCCACGCAUAUGGGACCUCUUUUUCGGGAUGCUAAAAAGAAAUCAUACAGUUUCUUGCCCAAAGUUUUGAUUUGAAUCAGCAUUCCAAACGAAACAAGAUCUCGAUUGAACUAUAAGAUUCUUUCUCUCUCUAACAGCAAUGGAAUCCAGAGUUUAACCCAUAUCCUUCCAGAAGGAAUAGCAUGCUAAUAAGAAGCAUGAUUCUUCCAAUGUAGCAUGCACAAUUUUCUCGUAGUGAGCUCCUUAGAAUCUCACAACCAAACCUCUUGUUUGCUAAUUCCGAAUUCAUUCGAUCUAGAUUCCUCUAUCCCCUGCAUAUCAUCAGCUCAGCUAAGUCUAAAGAUAUUUUUUCUAUUUAAAGCCGAAGAUCAACAGAAAGUGAAUGGGAUUGCUUCGUCUGUCUAACAGUUCAAUUCAACCAUAACCACUCCAAAAUAAUAUGAAGGUAAAAACGUGAUCCAUGAAAGGACUGCCAAACUUGCAUUUCUUUGAAUAUUCAUGACCUAUAUCUGUUGUGGGUCUACCCCCUAUGAUUCAGCCUUGGUAACCAAUGAAAAUAGUUUUUUCGUAUCUGCGUUGAACCAUUGCGUGGUACGUUACUGGCAAAACGAAAAUCACCCUUCUUAUUUUCUCUUUCUUGCUCUUCGAAUACUCUACUAAGCACCAAACUCCCCCAACAUAGUAUGACUUUAUUUUGUUCGUAUAAAUUUCAUCACCCAUGUAAGUUAACUGAAUAUGUACGACCUAAAUUGACAUUUCUUUCCUUUUGUUUGUGGUGUUCGGAUACAGAUUCUACUCAGCCACAUAGAGCCGCUGACGGAGCAGCAGAUGAUGGGAUUAUACUCCCUGAGGACGUCGACUAAUGAGGCCGAGAACUCGCUAACCCAAGGUCUCGAAGCCCUCCAGCGGGCUCUCUCAGACACCAUUGCCUCAGAUGAGCUGAACUACCCGUCCAACGUGGAGAACUACAUGGGGCAGAUGGCCAUGGCCGUGAACAAGCUCUCCACCCUCGAAAGCCUUGUUCGGCAAGUACGUAUAUCUUAUGUUCAAUUUAGCAUUGCCCAACGUUCUCCGAAUCUUUCUCUUAUCUCUUUCUCCAGUAAUAUUCAAAACCUCAAAAGGAUGCAGCCCAACUACAAAAUAUCUUAACAUUCAGAAGGGGGAUGAGGUAAUUUUGAUAGCUUUUGUGAUCCUUACAGGCCGACAACCUGAGGCAGCAGACCCUCCACCGGUUGCACCAGAUGCUCACUACACGUCAAGCCGCCCGGUGCUUCCUGGCGAUGGCCGAGUACUUCCACCGCCUCCGGGCCCUCAGUUCCCUCUGGCUAGCUCGCCCAAGACAGGAGUGA